UGUCCGUAGAUGUCGCUGUAAGAGUUUCAAUUACAGGGAAUUCCCCGUACUGCAGGGAGCAUUUUGUUUUGCUGUUGUUGGGGAUCUUGUUCGCUUUUUUAGUCAACAAUCUAUGUUUUGGAUGGAGCAAAAUGGCGUUUAAUGUAUUAAUUGGUGGUGGUACGGGUUUUGUCGGCCAAGCAAUAACACGUUCGUUAAAGCAAAAUGGACAUUCAGUAAAAAUCAUCUCAAGACAAAGUGGGAAACCUGAUAAAAUAUCAUGGUCUUCAAUUCGAGAAAAUGGACUUCCUCACGACACAGAUGCUGUGGUCAAUGUGAGUGGAGCACCAGUUAUAAAUCCUUUUAGAAGAUGGACUGAUGAAUACAAACAAGAGGUAAGAAACAGUCGACUCCAUACAAACAAGUGGUUGAGACAAGCUAUUAUUUCAUCUGCAAUAAAGCCAAAAGUAUUUGCUACUAUAUCAGGAGUCGGUUUUUAUCCAUCAAGCAAAACAGCAACUUAUGACGAAGAAAGUCCAGGUGGUGUAGAUGAAUAUCUUGCAAUACUUGCCAAUGGCUGGGAAAAUGAGGCAAAACUGCCUUCUGACUGUGAUGCAGUGAGACAAGUAAUUGUGCGAUCCGGGGUUGUGUUGGGUAAAGGAGGUGGACUAAUGGCAAAUCUCACAUGGCCAUUCUGGUUAGGAUUGGGUGGACAAUAUGGCAAUGGACAACAAUUUUUCCCUUGGAUUCACGUUGAUGACAUUGCAGCAAUAUUUGUUCAUUCAAUAGAAAAUGAAGUGUCUGGGAUUUUGAAUGCUGUAUCUCCUGAUAUUCGCACAAAUGGGGAUUUCACUAAAGAAUUUGCGGGAGUUAUGAGACGACCAGCUUUCUUUACAGUUCCUGCUUUUGUCAUCAAAUGCACUCUCGGUGAUGAGAGAAGUCCGAUGCUUCUACAGGGGCAGAAAGUUAUUCCUAAACGAACUUUAGAGUCUGGUUAUAAAUUUAUUCAUCCUAAUUUGACUGAUGCAUUAAGAAACAUUGUCUGAUGAUAUUUUCAAAGAAGCGGUAGGUGGAAUUAUUGCUCCACUGCCAAGGAUCGCUUCUUUUGCGAGGUUUUUCCACUGUGAAAAUAAAUAAAUUGAUCUAUUGCUUCGGUGAAUUUCGUUUUUGACUAGUAUAUUGCAUCAUGUUUGAAUUUUUGUUUCUUUUGCAUUCUUGUUGUAAAUACAAUUUACAAAGAAAUACCA